UACUCACACACGUUUAUCUUACACACAAAAGAAUCCAAUGAAUACUUCACAAAUAUCCACACUACUUAGACUUUAAGUACACUUCAUAAACAAAUUAAAGUUUCAUUAUUUGGUGUGAGAAUAGCAUAGAGUGUUGAAUAUGGCAUUGAGAGGCAAACCAUUAUUAGCCACCAACAACACCAACCUAGGCACAGAUGUUUUCCAAGUUGGAAACAUUAGUUGGAAGCAAUUCAAUGUUAAGACAUCCCCAAAACCAGUGUUGGUGUUUGCACCAACCGUAGAAGGAACAUAUCCUGUCAUAUUGUUCUGCCAUGGUUAUGCCAUUUCUAAUAGAUACUACUCUAAGCUAUUAGGCCAUAUAGCUUCUCAUGGAUUCAUUGUUGUUGCUCCUCAAUUGUUUACCUUGAACAUGCCUAUGCUUGGAGUAUGUGAAGUAAAAUUUGCAGAAAAAGUUGCUAGUUGGAUAGCCAAGGGACUUCAACCUAAGAUCAAUGAAAACAUUCAACAAAAUGUUAAAGCAAAAUUGGACACAUUGGUUCUAGCUGGUCAUAGUAAAGGUGGAAAAACAGUCUUUGCCCUAGCAAUAGAUCAAGCAAAAACCAACCUCAAAUUUUCAGCCCUAAUUGGAAUAGAUCCAGUGGCAGGCCCAGGUAAGGGCAUUUUAACGGGCCAGGCCCAAUCCUUCAACAUAAACAUGCCCGUUCUGGUGAUUGGAACUGGGCUCGGUCCAGAACCUUCUAAUUGCUCUCCUGUAUCAUGUGCUCCUGAGGGGAGGAAUUAUGUGGAAUUUUUCAAUGAGAGUAAACCACCUUGUGCACUUUUUGUGACUAAGGAUUAUGGUCAUAUGGAUAUGUUGGAUGAAGACACACAAGGAUUAAGAAGUAGACUUUUGAAGUGUAUGUGUAAGAAUGGAAUUGGGCCUAAGGAUUUGAUGAUAAGGACUUUGGGUGGGUUAGUUGUUGCAUUUUUGAAGGAUUAUUUGUAUAACCAAAAGAAAGAUUUUCAAGCUAUUUUGGAUGAUCCAAAUCUUGCUCCUGCCAAGCUUGAAGACCCUGAUUUUUAUCCAUGAUUUUGUAAUUUAUGUUUAGAUUUAUUUAUGAAAGACUAUGAAAUGAUCUUAUUUUCAUAAUAGAUUUAGUACUCCUAGCUAUUGCUCAAGUUAUUUUUCUUGUUUAUUUGAGAUUAGAUUUUUCUCUCUCUUUGUAGUAGUGAAUCUGUAAAACAUAAGAAUUUUUCCAUAAAAUAU